AUGCUUGUUUUUCUUCAGAUCCAGAACCAGGACCAGGACCAGGACCAGGAUCAGAUCCAGGACCAGGAGUCCAGCAGCAGGACCAAAGCGGACUCUUCCUCCGCUGGUCUGCAGAAACAUAAAGCCAAAGAGAGAAAAAAUAGGAGGGAUAAAGUCCUCACCACUUCACCAGGUCUGAAGGUCCGAAAGAGGAUUCAAACUGAAGAGAAGCUGUACACCUGUGAACAGUGUGGGCAAGCUUUUACCACGUCAAGUAUUUUAAGGCGUCAUCAGCGUAUCCACACUGGAGAAAAGCCCCACGAAUGUGAUCAGUGUGGGGCAGCUUUUACCGAACAAGGUAGUCUAAGGAGUCAUCAGCGUAUUCACACGGGAGAUAAGCCUUACAGCUGUAAUCAGUGUGGGGCAGCUUUUACCCGACAAUAUCAUCUGAGGAGUCAUCAGCGUAUCCACACUGGAGAAAAGCCGUACAAAUGUGAUCAGUGUGGGGCAGCUUUUACCGAACAAGGUAGUCUAAGGAGCCAUCAGCGUAUUCACACUGGAGAGAAGCCUUACAGAUGUGAGCAGUGUGGGGCAGCUUUUACCAUGUCAGGUAAUCUAAGGCGUCAUCAGCGUAUUCACACUAGGGAUAAGCCUUACAGAUGUGAUCAGUGUGGGGCAGCUUUUACAACGUCAGGUGUUCUAAGGAGUCAUCAGUGUAUUCACACUGGAGAGAAGCCUUACAGGUGUGAUCAGUGUGGGGCAGCUUUUACCAUGUCAGGUGUUCUAAGGAGUCAUCAGCGUAUUCACACUGGGGAUAAGCCUUACAGAUGUGAUCAAUGUGGGGCAGCUUUUACCCGACAAGGUAGUCUAAGGAGUCAUCAGCGUAUUCACACUGGAUUUAAGCCUUACAGGUGUGAUCAGUGUGGGGCAGCUUUUACCAAUCAAGGUGAUCUAAGGCGUCAUCAGCAUAUUCACACUGGGGAUAAGCCUUACAGAUGUGAUCAAUGUGGGGCAGCUUUUACCCGACAAGGUAAUCUAAGGAGUCAUCAGCGUAUUCACACUGGAUUCGAGCCUUACAGAUGUGAUCAAUGUGGGGCAGCUUUUACCCGACAAAGUAAUCUAAGGAGUCAUCAGCGUAUUCAUACUGGAUUUAAGCCUUACAGAUGUGAUCAGUGUGGGGCAGCAUUUACCCGACAAGGUGAUCUAAGGAGUCAUCAGCGUAUUCAUACUGGGUUUAAGCCUUACAGAUGUGAUCAGUGUGGGGCAGCUUUUACCGAACAAGGUAAUCUAAGGCGUCAUCAGCGAAUUCACACUGGGGAUAAGCCUUACAGAUGUGAUCAGUGUGGGGCAGCUUUUACCCAACAAGGUAGUCUAAGGAGUCAUCAGCAUAUUCAUACUGGAUUUAAGCCUUACAGAUGUGAUCAGUGUGGGGCAGCUUUUACCCAUCAAGGUAGUCUAAGGCGUCAUCAGCGUAUCCACACUGGAUAAAAAAUUGUCUGUGAUCAGUGUGGGGAAGGUUUUACUCGAGAGCUCAGUUUUGUUUUCAGUUUCCACUGAAAAAUGUGUUUAAAUUUGAUUUUUCACCCGUUUGUGUUCCAUUGUUCCAUCAUUUAAAUAAAAAAGUUCUUUGUUUGCCU